AUGGGCCUUCAUGAUGCGCCGCCUGUGUGGCUCGAGGGCCCUCUGGAAACCAUAGACAGUGAAAGGAACAAAGCCGAAUCUCCUCCGCGUGACAUGCUUGGCUUGAUCCUGUGGUCUGGAAUGAUCAUUGCGCUCAGUGUCGUAUGCCUCUGGCAGGGUAUGCUGCUCUGGACCACACGUCGCCGGCAGAUGAUGGGGCAAGCCGACGGCAGAAACAGGAACGGCGCAGACGCAGCAUGGCCGCCGAAUGCUGCUGCUUCGCCUCUUCCUGUAGCUGGCCUUCACCAUCCGCCAGUCGUGGUUGGGCACGUGGUGGUAGACGAGGAGGUGUGCGAACAGCGCGAUGGUGGCGGGCAGCCGCCGAGUGACGCCGCAGAUCUUUACGGCACGGGCCACUACUUGCCGCGCAGUGAUGGUGCUGGUCUGUGA